AUGAGCUUCUGCAAUGGCAGACUACAAUGCGAUGCUCCCGCCGAGACUGUGGAAGACCCUGAUAUGAAUGGAAUCGGGGUCGUCUUAUCAUUCGUCAUCACAGCCGCCAUAUCAGUGAUUGUGGCCAUAAUGGCCGUGUUGAAGCGAGGAAUCCCCAAGCAACAGUAUAUGCGCGUCGAUGAGAAAAUCCUCCACUGGGUCGGUGUUAGAAAGCCGGCCAGUGAUGCGCCUAGCAAUCUUGGAUACCAGUCUCUUCUUCUUGCAUUGAGUGACCAGAUGUUAGCUGUUGGGCUGUGUUAUCUCAUCGCCAUGUACGCUCAGGUCUGCAGUGUCUCUAACUUUUCCUUCUACAUCGGCGCCCAGUUGGCGUAUCUAUCGUCAGGUGUUCAUCUGUGCACCCUUCUGGUCCUCAAAUCCUACUUCCGAAAACACCCCAAGCAAGCCAUCUUGCGUGGUGCCCUCAUGGUGUUGUUGAUGGGACUUCUUGGAGCGACCUUUAUUCUCCAGUUCCUUACAGUAUCCGAGCCACGCGAUAUGCUGUUCCUUUGCGGACUUCACUAUCCUACACAACCUCGUCUAAAUUACGUGGUCCCCAGAUCCUUCGGGAUAGCUGUUCUAUUGAUAUUUGUCUACUGGAACGCUUUCCGAUCGAUCAGGCUAGAUAACUCACUCCGAUACACUAUGGAGAGCAGAGCAUCGAAGAACAUAAUAUUGCGCUGGAUUUACUCUGGCCAUCAAGGCCAAUCAGAUCUUCAAACCUUCUCUGAACGCCGGCAAGACAAGAUCCGGCGGGACAAUCGCAAGAAUGCUACGAUAUUGGAGCAACAAGAUAGCUUUUGGAAGGCUUUGCACAUCGUUGUGCCACCGGUUCUUACAGAGAUAGUCGGAUCUGUUCUGUUAGAGUUGUUGAUUGCCAUUUGCACGUUCUGUGUGGCUUUAUACACGUUGGUUAUUGGCCUCUUUUAUCAAGGUGUUGACACCAAACCGCUCUUUUCUGCGACUUUCGGUCAGAUUUUGCCCAUGCUCUUGCUGAUAGUCAUCGCUCUGACUGCUCUCGAAGUUGGCACUAUCAAAAACUUCCGAGCAAUAGAGAUCGAAACAGAGAUAAAGAAGCAGCCUGCUUCGGUACAAAGCCCCCCUUUAAUGGAAGACUCUGCUGCCUUGCCAAAUCGAGGUCUACUGCAGAGGACGCAGGGGAAACAAACAGGCAUCAUCCAUGGGGAUAUGCCAGAGUCUUGUGGGAACUCGUUGAUGCCAAUGGCUUCUGCAUCUUACAGUCAGCCCGAUCUCUCUGGCAAUGGCGGUUUCGGUACAAGGGUCGACUCAAUGACAAGAUGGAUGGCACUGAGAAGAACCAACACAUUGGAGAUUGAAGAAGGCAAAAUAGGUGACUAA